AUGAUCGCGUAUAAAAUAUUGAUGAUUUUAAUGGCCCUGGGUGGCCUCGCCAAGGCCACUGAGAUUUCCUCCUUGGAGCGGCCCUUUCCCCACCCUCAAUGCCCCAAAAUCGAUGAUCCUUAUAGGCCAAUUUUGCUAGCCUAUCCUCAAGACUGUUCAAAAUAUUAUAGCUGUCAAAAUGGUAUGGCCUAUUUGGAACAAUGUCCGGGAAAUUAUUUAUGGAAUCCGCUGAAUCAAUUAUGUGAUUAUCCCGAACGUGUUAGCUGUGUUCAACCCACCCCUGACAUCCCCAGGCCAGGAAAUAAUGAUGCCAGAAAUAUCUACUAUCAACUGUAUCCAAAUGAUUGCAGCCGUUAUUAUAAGUGUGAAGCACAAACAUGUCCACCAAAUUACUAUUGGAAUUCCUACAAGCAGCACUGUGAUUUGCCCCAACUGGCCCAGUGUCCCUUUGAACCGGUAAUGCCACCAGCCACAACAUAUCCUCCGGUUAUACCCACUGCCCCUACUGUCCCACCACCACCACCGCCAGCAGCAACUGAUCCCAAUGCUGUGGAGGAAUGCACGGAGUGUGCCUCAUGGUGUUUGGGUCAGGGCCACAUUUAUUUACCCUAUCCGCAGGAUUGCCGUAAAUUCAUACAAUGCAAUGGCCUGGCCUUUAUACACAAAUGUCCCGAUCAAUUGUUGUGGAAUGAUAAAUUAAAGACCUGUGAUCGUUUCUGUGUCCGCAAUGAUGCACCCCUGGCCAAUGCCAAUGUAGUUGAGUAA